ACCAUCUCAGGUUCAAUCUCACUUUUGACAUGAGCAGCUUGUUUGCAGACGACGAGCUGCCCACACCCGACACGAGCCAUCUCCGCAAGGGCGGCUUUGAGCAUGUCUACGAGCCAGCAGAAGACACCUUCCUGAUGCUCGAUGCGCUCCAGCAAGACUUUGGUCCUCGCGCUCAGCACAACCACGACCACGACCACGCGCCACUGGUCCCGCGAGUCUGCCUCGAGAUUGGACCAGGCAGCGGCAUCGUCACGACGUUUCUUGCUCAGAUGCUCGGGCGCGCCAAUGCAUUGUGCUUAGCUGUCGAUAUCAACACAAGGGCUGCAGAAGCAACAGCGCAGACGGCGCAGUACAAUGGCGAUCAGACGGUCGAUGUUCUUGUUGGCGAUUUGACGGGCGGACUUCGACUUGCCGGAUUGGUCGACGUGCUCGUGUUCAAUCCGCCGUAUGUGGUUACCGAGGACGAAGAGGUCACUUCGUCAAGAGACAUUUCGGCUGCUUGGGCUGGCGGGUUGCGAGGUCGACGUGUGACGGACCGCUUGCUUCCACUGGUCGCUUCGAUCUUGUCCCCAACUGGGCGGUUUUACCUCCUGACUAUCGAUGAGAAUGACCCCGCCGAGAUUGCAGCUAUUCUUGCUCGCGACGGCUUGCACUGCCGCACCGCUCUCCGUCGACGAGCGCACAAUGAAUUUCAAAGCAUCUUGUGCUUUUCACGGCAACCGCCGCCGACCAACUGAGAUGUAACGAUCUCUUGUUAAGUGUUAGUUUUUUUUUCUGUACUUUUCAACAUUGGCUUUUCCUUCCCCCCCCGCCCGCGCCAUCGCGUGCCUCAUU